AUGCCCACCAAUGUCAGGUCUGCCAAUAUCAACUCUGGCGACCAUGGACCUGAUAUUUUGAACACUGCCCACCCAACUGAGACGGCAUUCACAGAGAAGAGCUCUGUCAACGUGGAUCAAGAAAAGACGAAGAAUGAAGACACAGACUACGAAAAGCAAGUCCAACCCGACUUGACCAACCCUGCCCCAGAGCAAGAACCCACCCAAGAUGAAGUCUACCGAACAGCAUCUACAGUGGCCCCAUCUCACAGGUCAGCCCGAAGAGACCCUGUUAGUCGAGUCACAACCGAUGCAGAGGGCAACACCUACCCCGAGGGGGGUCUCCAAGCAUGGCUGGUUGUGCUUGGUAGCUUCCUUGGCCUGUUUGGAUCCCUCGGGCUGGUCAACACCAUAGGCACAUUCCAGGCCUAUAUCCAAACCCACCAGCUGAAAGAAUACAGCGCCGGAAGUAUUGGAUGGAUCUUUGGAAUGUUCGCCUUCCUCACCUUCUUCUGCGGAGUGCAAGUCGGUCCCAUUUUCGACGCACGUGGCCCACGCCUCCUCGUAUUCGCAGGCUCCGUCUUUGAAAUGGCCAUGAUCAUUCUUGUUGGUUUCUGCACUGAAUAUUGGCACUUCAUGCUGGUCAUUGGUGUCCUGGGUGGAGUCGGAGCGUCUCUCAUUUUCACCCCGGCCAUCUCGGCGAUCGGCCAUUUCUUCUACGAGAAACGUGGAGUCGCAACUGGAAUGGCUGCCACCGGUGGUUCUAUCGGAGGUAUUGCUUUUCCUUUGAUUCUGGAAAGCCUCUUUCCCAAGAUUGGCUGGGCAUGGGCGACCCGAGUUGUUGCAUUGAUCUGCUUGAUUGUACUGGGACUCGCAAACCUUCUCAUCAGGUCUCGACUGCCCCAGAAGCCAUUUUCCAAGGAGAACAUUCUCCCGGAUUUCCGCAUCUUUCGCGAUUCUCGAUUCGCAUUUACAACUGCCAGUGUCUUCUUCAUCGAGUGGGGUCUCUUCGUGCCGAUUAGUUAUAUUUCAUCGUACGCCCUCGACCACGGUUUCUCAAGCCAUUUCUCCUACCAAAUUAUCGCAAUCCUGAACGCCGGUUCAUUCUUUGGUCGGUGGCUCCCAGGUUUCUUUGCGGAUUUCCUGGGUCGCUUCAACACUCUCAUUGCAACCGUAGCGCUCUGCUUACUCUGCAAUGCCUGUCUGUGGCUUCCCGCCGGGAGCAGUCUACCCCUACUGAUUGUAUACUCUGCGCUUUUCGGUUUCUCCAGUGGAAGCAACAUCAGCUUGACGCCAGUCUGUGUCGGUCAACUCUGCAAGACUGAAAACUACGGCCGGUAUUACGCAACUGCCUACACCAUCGUGAGCUUCGGUACUCUCACCGGAAUUCCCAUCGCUGGUGAAAUCUUGUCACGCUGCAAUGGAUCAUACUGGGGUCUGAUUACAUUCACUAUUGUCUGCUAUGCUGCUGGCCUGGCAUGUUGCACCGCCGUAAAGGUUAUUCAGGUUGGCUGGCGUCACCCCCUCGCGAUCUACUAA